AUGGUCCUAAAAGUUCCUCUGGUCCAACUGAAUGCUGCGGUCCUUGUUCUCGAGAUCUCCAUCAAGGUAGUACAACAAAGAUUUCAAAAUCCGAAUUUGUUCGUUUGUAUGCUCCAAUGUUCGAGUAAAAAUACUGUCUGCCCGGCUUAUCACUUCCAGUUCUUUCUUCAACUCUUUCUCUACAUCGUCAACAGUCAAGUCGAUACCCAAGCGAUGUUCUCUAAAAAAAUGGAACAGCGUUUUCUUGAAUCGAGGACAAUCCAUCAAUCAAUCUCGCCUUGUAAGUUUUCAGCGCAUCAAUUUCCAAAAUAA